ACUGAGCAAGGCGUUUUACUGCCAGUGCGAAGUUUUUACGUGGAACUUAUCGGUAGAGUUCCGAGUUAAGGGAAAUGUUUUCCUUGCUGUUCCUUCUGUGUCUGACGCCGCUCCGUUGUAGUGUGGCUAGGACUGUUACCGCAAGACAAUGGACAACAGUUGAGAGGCGUCUCUCGAGUGACAGUGACGUGUUGCGAUCGGUACGCCUCCCAGGUGACGAAGUGGCGUCAGUGGAGCAUGUGAGGAGUUCUGUGAACGUCAGUGGGGAUUCUAGGUGGUCGGCAGUUCCUCGCCUCCUCAUCCAGGCCGGAAGAGCCAUCGUAAGAGACGUGCUGUACUCUGCCAAUGUGUCCAACUCGACUGGCCGCAGUGUCGCCUCGGAGACGCUAAUGGACUGCGUCUUGGGCCUGUCGCUUCCUUGCUUCGGUAGGAAAUUCAUUUUCUUUGUUGAUCUAAUAGACAGAAAGGACAGGAUACGCUUGCUAGGAGACAGCGUGGUUUUGGUCAAGCGAGCGCAGUCACGAAGUCAGCGCGGGGACACGGAUGAGGACAACGAAGUAGCCACAAAGGACGGGGAAUCUGCACUGGAAGACCUGGUGGUGGAGCGGUUGGAGGACUUCGCCGAGAGCCGCGCUCUUCGGAUAAGGAUGCCUGCCUGGACUUCGGUCACAGUGUCGCCCGGUGGAGAGGAGGGUACCAGCAAAGAACUCGACUUCGUGCUCGACACGGAAAUCGACGAGGAAGAAGAAGGUCGGAAGAAAAAGAAGAAGCUCAAGAAGAAGUUACUUAAGAUACUGAAGAAGGUGGCCAUCGGACUGGCAGUGGUCUUAGCGGCCAAACUGCCUCUUGCCCUCUUAGCGAUCAAGUUUAUAGCCAUCAAGGCGAAGAUACUGAGUAUAACAGCGCUGGCCUUGCUGUUGGUGCAGAAGCUGAUGAUGAGCGGAGGCGGCGACGACUGCAGUAGCAGCUGCGACAGCGGCGGUGGAGGCGACAGCGGCGGCUAC